CCUCCCGCCGCCCGCUGCUGCUGCGGCCGCCGCCUCCUCCUCGCUUGGAUCUGCUCCGCAGCCGGACGUCAGCGCUCCUCCCCGGCCUCGGAUCGGUUCAGAGCCCCCCCUCCCCUCCCCUUCCUCCCGCCUCUCUCGUCACCCCGCCGGAGGAACAGCGGAGCUCCGGCUAAAGUUUCCUCUCGUCUCCGCUUUCCGGGAUUUGUUGAACGAGAUAGCGUGGCUCGGCCCGGGUUAACCGCCCUCACAGGUUAUCAGAGGCCUGAGGCCCACAUACCCAGAGGAGGAAUAGUAGGAGAAACUGGACUGAAUGUGAGAGGACAAACGCAGCAGAGAGGAUGAAGAGUUUUCUGUGCUGACGUACGAGUUUAGAUACCUGAGGACUCCUGAGGAAACAGGGACGUUCACAGCAGACGAUCCUUCUCACGUCUUCUUCUCUGGGGUCUCAGUUUCACUACAGAUGCGUUGUUUCUGUGGUUGAAGUCAGAUCUGGAGCAGCUCACAGCUCAGCCUGAAAGACAUGAAGACGGAUGAGACACUUUGAAGCUUCCAAAAAUCUGUUCCUGAAACACGAUAAAACAAACCUACGAGACACCCUGACGCAGUGAAAGACAAAAUAAUUGUCAGGACUGACAGAACCACCGACAGGAAGGAAGGAAGGAAGGAAGCAAGGAAGCAAGGAAGCAGGGCCCAGGAUGACGAGUGCGGCGCCGGCCAGGAAGCCGUACCGCAAGGCUCCACCGCAGCACCGCGAGUCCCGCCAUGCCCUGCCCGCUGCUCCACCCCCACCUGCACUGCAGCCCGACAUCAAUCAGGAGGCCUUAUCCGACUCUGACAGGAUCAGAAUCCUCCAGCAGCAGAAUGAGGACCUGCGGCGCCGCCUCUCUCUGUCCACCCACAAGAUGGAGGCCAUGGAGGCAGAGUUUGAUGGAAGCCGUCACUACAUGGAGGCAGAGCUGAGCCGGACCAGAGAUGAUCUGGACAAGAUGAGGGACAAGUUCCGCAGACUCCAGAACAGCUACACAGCGUCCCAAAGAGCUAAUCAGGAUCUGGAGGAGAAGCUUCACGCUCUGCUACGGAAGGUGGAGAGGGACAAAAAGACGAUGGACCAGGAGAUAGUGGAGCUCACCAACAAACUGCUGGAUGCCAAAAACACCAUCGACCGACUGGAGGAGCUCAAUGAACGUUACAGACAGGACUGUAAUUUGGCCGUUCAGCUGCUCAAGUGCAACAAGUCGCAUUUCAGGAACCACAAGUUUGCUGAUCUGCCGUACGAACUGCAGGACAUGCUGAAUAAACACAUGAAGAGCAGCCUGCCGGAAGGUGGCCCCGGCCCCGGCGCUCAGGACCCGGACACGCUCAGUUUGACUCCUGCCGAUGUCGUGCCGACCUCCGUCAUCGCCCGGGUCCUAGAGAAACCCGAGCCGCUGGUCCUGAACUCCGCCCAGUCCAGCAGCUGUGGCCGGCCCGUUGCCGAGGACGUCUUCGUGCACGUGGAUAUGACGGGCCCUGCGGGGGCUGAGGGCCGGGGCCGGGAGAACGGCGGCGGUCAGGAGGCUUCGCAGCAGAAUGGAUCCUGUCGAAGUCAGAGCAGUCUGGACGGGCAGUCGGGGGGAGAGGAGGCGGGCGGAGCUCCGUCCUUCGAGAAGCUGAACCCGUACCCGGCGCCGACGCCCCCCCACCCCCUGUACCCCGGCCGUAAGGUCAUUGAGUUCUCGUCUGACGACAAAGUGAAGAUCCCCAAGAACUCUCCUCUGCCCAACUGCACCUACGCCACAAGGCAGGCCAUCUCCCUGAGCCUGGUACAGAACGACGAAGAGCGGCUGGCACCCGGCAGCCCUGCCCCCUCCUCAUCCUCCGGCGGGGGUGGUGGAGUCAACCAGCGCACGCCGCCGUCACAGCGGGACGCCACCAGUGAGCCGCUGUCCAACCAGUCCAGCCCCUUCAGCAGCCCGCCACAGGCCCCCAGCGUCCUGGCGAGCUCCGGCAGCUCAGAGGAGGACCUUCUGGCCAACUGGCAACGGAUGUUUGUGGAGAAGAUGGCCCCGUCCUGCGACAGCUCUCUGGUCCACCGCACGUCGUUCAGCAGUCAAACGGCUCAGGAGCUGCAGAGGACGAGGCAUGCGGGGGGGGCCGCAGCCUCCUCUGACUGUCACAGGGCCGCAUACUCGGAUGGCGAAGAGGGAUCGUCGGCGAGGAGCUGGACGCCGAGCCGUGGCUCCAGCCUUGACACCGACACUGACACCGAGCCGCGGCCUGGCAGGAGGGGGCGCUACGGGGGGGAUGGCUCUGCAGAGGAGGGGGAGAGGCUACUGAUGAACCUGGAGGGUGAUGGCGGCAGCGGCGACACGGCCGUCACCGUGGCGACCAGCCCCGCUGAGGCCCACAGGAAAGAGUUGGAGGAGGAGGAGGAGGAGGAGGAGGAGGAGGAGGAGGAGGAGACCUUGGCCGAGGAGAGAGAUCUCCCCCGUGACCUGCCCGUCAUCUCAGCCCGUCUCCUGGACUUCGACCCCGCCCUCGCUGCCGCAGCCCCCUCGCAGCGGCCCCAGAAGAGUCCGAAGAGGAUGGGCGUCCACCACCUGCACCGCAAGGACAGCCUGACCCGAGCCCAGGAGCAAGGCACGCUGCUGGACUGAGACUCGCUCUCCACUGUCUGAGCACGCCUCGAUCGCCCCACACUGUGCUCCUACAGCUGCUGUCUGUCUCCAUGGCAACUGACCUGUCCAUCACAGGGGUCAGAAGCCACGCCCAUUCAGGAUAUAGCCAUACUCUACUGUAUGCUGCCGAGCUCGCCGCCUGAUCGUGUGUGUGUGUGUGUGUGUGUGUGUGUGUGUGUGUGUGUGUGUGUGUGUGUUAGACCGACAAGAUACUUAUGGCCGUGUAGAGUGUGUAAUCAGUGGGUAUUCUGAAAACCUGUCCAAAUACUUUUGGCUCCAGAAAGUACUUCGAUCAGGUGUCCAUAUAUUUUUGGCCACAUAGUCAUCAGAUGUCUACAUACCUCAUAAUAAACAAUACACAGAAUGGCCAAAAGUAUGUGGACGAUUAAAAUGUUUAAAUUCUUGAUUAGUUGUCCACUUACUUUUGGCCAUAGGGAGUAUUUUUAAUUCCUGUCCAAAAUAAAUUCUGAAUCAUCAGUUUUAGAGUCAGUAUUGGAAACCCUACAUCUCUUGUGUGUGUGUGUGUGUGUGUGUGUGUGUGUGUGUGUGUGUGUGUGUGUGUGUGUGUGUGUGUGUGUGUGUGUGUGACAGACCCAUUAGCUCUGAUAUUGAUCAGCUGAUUUACUGGGUUUUAAUCACUGAUGCUGAUCGGUUCAUGUUUGUAUGAAUGUUAUUUUUGUUUACAUUCACACAAGUAUAAUUAUGAGCGAAUAAAGACCUAAGAUUUAUUUUUCUGUAAUGAAACUAGAUCCUAACAGUAUUUUCAUCACAUCCAAAAUUAAUCAAAAUUCACCAUGAAUUUGGCCAAAAGUUUGUGGACAGCUCCCCUUCACAUACCUUUGCCGCGCUCUGAAAAAAAACUCAAAUUAACGGAUUUAGUAUUCCUUACCAGAAUUACUUACUUGGCAUUUGACACAACAUUUCUACCAAAAUGUAAGAAAUGUAAUGUAAAAUUUACAGAACAUAUAACUGAACAGUCAACUUAAUGAAUCAAAUGAGAAUUUUUUUUUUUAAAUACUCAGAAAAUUGCACAGAGUUUGGUUGGUAGUGGUGACACACUUCUAUCCCUGUAGAGUUCAGUAACUGUGUGUCCACAUAUUUUUGACCACGCAGGGUGCUUAAAUCUGGUGUCCAUAUAGUACAUAUAGCGUACUUGGAUUGGUUGUCCACAUACAUUAACUACAUAGCCAAAAGUUUGAGGACAGCUGAUUAAAGCAUACAAGAUUGGUUUUGUAGAAUUAAAUUGUGGAUAAUCCGUAUUAGAAUCAAUAUUAAAAGUCCCAUAUCGGUUUAUUCUUUGUGUUUGUGUGUGUGUGUGUGUGUGUGUGUGUGUAUGUGUGUGUGAGAGACAUUCGUCAGAGUUGGGAAAAAAGAAUAGCAACUUUAAAACAAACUAAAAACUUUACGGACGUCUUUGCCUUGUUUCCUGACCAGGGGCUUUUAUUUUGAAGAGAAAAGAUGAGACACACCUGGAUAAACACAGUCCUUCAAACACACACACACACACACACACACACACACACACACACACACACACACACACUCACUCCAACACCCUCACACACACUCAGACUCUCAGUGCCUAUCACUCUCUCUGGGGAAGGUUGCGAGUAUGACGCCGGUCCUGCUUUUAUUUUCUCGUCUCUUCACUAAUCAUUGAUUUCCUGUCAUCGCGUGUUAUUUAGUCACCUGACUGGUUUGCCGGGGAGUCACAUUUGACCUUUGACCCUGACUGACCCUCCCCACCACCACUCCGACUGUACCUACGGGAGGCGGGGCUGGGGGCGGAGCUUCUCCUUGGCUCCCACCUGGAAUGUAAUCAUCAACAUUUCUAUUUUUUGUCGUCAUUACCUUUUUGAUUUUCUCUGUUAUCAGAUCUAUAAAUCCGUUAUUAAGAGAUUAUUUUUCUGUUUGGGUUUGAUUUGAUUUGUUGGUGAUUUGUUUUGUUGUUUUUCUCAUCAGUUUGGUAUUUAUGUUCAGAUGUUUUCAUGGUGUACGGAGGCCUGUUGGUGCCAGAAACACAGCACGGUAUCGAUUUCUGAAUUCCUUUUUUCCAACAGCUUACUUUGAAAAAUAUGAACAGAUUUUUCUCCAAAAUGAUUUUUUUCAUUGAACAAAAGAAGUCACGUGUUAAAUGUCGUGUUUAAUGUUUGACCUGUUAAAUCUUUAAACACAAGCAGCCAAACAAGAGCUUUGUCUAAAUAAAAUACAGCCUAAAACUGGUUAAACCAGGAACUAUCUGAUCAAUCAGUAAAUCAACAAGAUUAUUGAUCUAAUUGGCCUUUUUCAAUAUAACACAUUUUAUUUGUUACCAACAAAGUCCUGAAGUUUGACACCCAACCCUAACCAGGAACAUAAACACAAAUAUUAGGAAUGAUAGAAUAAACAAUAUCUCAUUAGCAUUUUGAAAGUAAAUUCAUAAUGAUUAUUUGGUCCAGUGGUUGCCAACCUGAGAGUGAAGACGUCUUUUCUUGAAUUGUUCCUUUUUUCCUGUGAAAUACUCGACAUUUUGGCCUCUUUUGAAACACUCUUCUUUUAAAACCAUCAGCCAUGAUGGAUGUGCAGCCUUAUCCCUUUCUAUGUGCUCAAACAUAUUUCUUAGAAUCCCGAGGGUUUAAUGACACUUUCGGAGGAGUUUACAAGUUUUAAUACAAACAAAGCGCGUACACCUUUUUAAAAAAUAAAGGUAGAUUCUGAUAUAUUUUAGACAGAUUAUCUUAAAAUAAUAGUUUUUGGGCAAAAAAUAAAAUAAAAAAAAUGUGUUUUCGCUGAAUACUGGAUCCUUUCACCUCUUCAGAAGGAAAUAUCUUCCUUUGCUGGAGAAGCCGCUCAUUUCCACGCUGAGACCUGAACCUUUGAUAAGGGGUCUUAAGGAACCCAGGCUUCAUUUUAAAUGUCAGAGGUUCCUAAACCUUUUCUGUCUUUAAUUUCGUGACCUUUGCCUUGUGAUUCCCUGCUCAUUUUCCCCUGAAGCUCACUAAGACAUAAAAUGUCAUCAUCUUUUCCUCCCUGUCAAAAAUCUGUCCAUCUCUACGUCAUUCAGUUUGUGGCGUAAAUCUUACUGACCUGUCUCCGGAUCGUCUGUCAGCAUAACGGGUGCGACGCAUGAUGCGGUCCAGAUCAAUGCAGAAAUCUGGUCACUGCCCCAUUUAUUCCUGUUAAAGCUGCUGCCUGAGCGUAUACGCUUAACGUUUCUCAGGCCUCUGCGUCUUUGAGUCAGUUAUGUAGUCAGCACCUUAACCAUUCGGCCGACAGACGCCCCGGGAGUUUGUCUUAUAGUUGAUUUUGUGCUCACAUGUUGCUUAGUCCUAAAGCAAGGUGUGUCUGAAGUUACAAUCCUUUAGAUUUGCAUGGGAUCAGGUCUCAUUGUCUUAGGUAAUUUUACAUUCUGUAAUUAUCUCUCUAUGGAGUAGUUUUUGCUGGCGGUGGCGGAGUCCGCCAUUCCCACUCUGGGUUCAGAUUACCUCCACAGGAAACGCUGCAGCCUGUAAUCCAGUGUUACUGUUUGUAAUUUCAUGUGACUUAAUAUCAGCUGUUUACUGUUCACCCUCCCGCAGUCGCAUCGCAGCUUGAUUAUUUUACGACGCCUCCGGCUGCUGCUGCUGCUGCUGCUUCAAACAUGCUUUAAAACAUGUCAACUGGCUUUUAUGGGGAGGCAACCACAGGAAACACACUGUAUUUUGGAACCACUGGUAUUAUACCAGUAAUGCCUCGAGUAUGAUCUGGUUUCUCGUGAUACUUUUUUUUUCCCGAAUUAUUUCUUAUUGUUUUUGAUAUUUCUGGCACUAGCGAGCCUCUGUACAUUAACUGUACCUUUCUUCUCCGAGGUCGGUGCUGGUAAUUGAAUGUCGGCUCCUUGCCUCAUCACAGCUCUCUGAUUGUGACUCUCACCGAGGACCAAUAACUGAAUGAUUAAUCCACUGAUUGAUUGAUUGAUUGAUUGAUUGAUUGAUUUUUCCUGAGCAGACUGUACCGAGUCCUUCUGAGAGUCAUUUGAUUUAAAAUCUGAACUCGAGACUCGAGUUUUUCUUUGCUCCUGAGAUGCUGACAGUUCAUCUCUCAGUGGUGUUUCAGUCUCCAGGUUUUCACACUAAGUGAUCGAGUAUUGAUCAGCACUGAACUCAGUGUAUUGAUUUUUAAGUGUCGAAGUAUCUCCACUGAAUGUUUUUCUUAUUUCAUUCACAGUUUGAGCUCAGUUUGUAUUGAAGCUUCGGUCUGUGAUCAGAGCGUAGGUCGGCUGAAGAUCAGACGGUAUUGAUCUGUAGGAAAAAAACUAUUUUCAUCAUUAGUGAAUUGAUUAUUAGUCUUUAAAAUUACUAUUAAUUUCUGUCACAGUCUUAUUAUUAUAUUUUUAAUCCUGUUAUUGUGAGAUCACAAAUGAUCUUGUUUUCUCUCGUUUAUCUCGGGAGAACAAAAAUCUCUUCCUCGAGAUAACGAAGCUGAAGACAAGCACCAAUCACAGUCUGCUGUUUCGUGAGAGAACUACAAUUCCUGCUGGUGCAUUGUGGGAUAUGGAUGCUGUCAGAGUGCACGAUGGGACACAGAAAACUAAAGUGUCACAGCGAUAAUGGCGGUAGUAAAAUGGAGACAGUCUUUUCCAGCAGCACGGGAAACGGACGAGCUGUUUGAAAUAAGAAACGACAGCGGCUGAUCGAACAUUAAACUAAAUGUAAUUAGUCUAAACGAUCUCAACACAGGGUCCAAACAGUAGCUGUUGGGUUCUGGCGCUUUUGAUCGGAUCACAUGGUCUUUCUCAGCAGAAGAAUUGUCUCUGGGCACUGUUAGCAGUUCUGGUCUAGUGUACAUUGUGUAGUUACACACAUCUGAUUUUUUUAAGGGUCAUUUUGUCUUUUUUGUUUGUUUGUUUGUUUUUUGUUAGACUACAUAAAAAGCUUUUGUUUUUAAAGGACCAUACUGCUGUUUCUGCAUGUUUUAGCCCCCACGCUGAGGAGUCAGCGUGGGGGCUGUGUGCAGUGAUGCUUUGUGAACUGACUGACUGUGGUUGUUGGUGCGUAAAUAAAACAUGUAAAUCAGCGGUAUGGUCCUUUAACUGCAUCCUCUUUGGCUGGAAAACGUCUCUGAUCGCUGAAUUAUUAACAACAGCAUUUUAUUCUGUGACAGCUGCAAAGUCCCACAGUCAGAGAGACGCACAAACACACUAUCCGCUCCUUCAUCCUCCUCCUCCUCUUUUCCUCCUCUCGCUCUUCUUUUUCCUCCUCCUCCUCCUCUAGUAGUUAUCAGCAGAACGGGCGACUGAAGUUAAAUUAUUAAGGUUUUAUUACCGUCAGAAAGGGUCACUAAUACUUUGUGUGUGUGUGUGUGUGUGUGUGUGUGUGUGUUUAAUAUUUCAUACGAGUCAUCACAUGUUCAGGAUAGAGCAGAAAGUCGGAACUGAAAGGGAGUGUGUGUGUGUGUGUGUGUGUGUGUUACAUUGUGUGUCAGUGUGUGUAUAAAUAGACUUUACAUCUGGUCUGGUGAAACUUUAAUGAUUCUUCUUCAUGAAUAUAAUUGGAGACGUCAACCGGCGCCUCGUCUUAGACAAGGUCACCUCCAAAGCUGCUCCUCCUCCUCUUACUUUUUCUUUCUCCUCUUACGUCUUUUCUUGUCUUUCUUAUCCUUUCCUCCUCCUCUUUGUCGCUCUUUCUCCUGCUAUAUUCUUUCUCUUACUUCGUCUUAUUCUCUCUCAUUAUCUUUUUCCUCUGUUUUCACCUCCACCACUUCAUGUUAAUGCCCUGUUACAGAACAUUAACUCUUUACAGUAAACUGCAGUUUAACAGGCCGUCUGAACAUCAUCCUGACACAACAGUCUGUUUCUGCCCUGAUCCAAAUUCAGUUUAAAGUCCGCCUGUGUGCUCUGUGUCCCAUCAUGCGUCAAAAAUACAGAAGUAUCCAGUUCAUCCCAGUACACCUUCAGUUUAAUGUUAAUAUAAGAUUUUACUUAAACUUAAUUUAAACGUAUUUUUAUUUCUUUUUGUCACUUCUGAUGCGUUUGUGUCAGAUGGGAGUUAACAGUUCCAGUGUUCGGCUCAACAUUUUAAGUUCUAAUUACAACUUGGAAAUUUGUUUUUCUUCUGAAAUCUUCAAUAUGUCCAACUGUUAAAUAUUCCAUAUUUAGAUUAAAGCUGAUGUGAGGUGUGAGCUCAUUCGAAAUUUAACACUAAAUACAAAAAAAAAAAACUCCACACUUCACGUUGGCAUGAAUCUAAGUGUGGAAUAAAUAUUCUGUACUUAAGUCCAUGGUUAAAGGUUAUUAAACAUGUCAUGUUGCGUUAUUAAUUCACAUUAUUUUUAACCUUCUGCAGUCAUAACACCAUCUUGAUUUGUCUGAUGACGUGAACGCUUGUGAAUGCAGCAUUAGCAGACACACAAUUUGAAUUUCAGUUCAAAGCUAACCAUAGCUUCUACUAGCUUCGUUAGCUAGCGUUCUAAAGAAAUUAGUUUGUCAGACCCUGAUUUUCUCGACUGCAUCGGGACCUUCAGUAACUCAGUGAUUCUGAUACUGGGGCCAAAUGACAAUAUUUCCGCCCAGUACACUGUUUAAAAUCUCAACGCAGUUACCAUUUAAAAUUAAAGUGUUAGCUGGAAAAAGUAAAAAGUACCGAGGUUCAGUAUCUGUAUCAGUACAGAUGAUGUCUGCUGCACCUUUCCUAGCAGUUAACUGUAGCAGAUUACAAACUAAAAUUGAGGAAAAAAGAGAAAUGGUUCAGCUACAGGUGAAUGUUAAAUUGUUUUGAACAGAGUUAUCAAAACAAUAAACAACUACAGCUACAAAGCGUGACAGCUUAUCAACGGCUGGAGCCAGUUAUGCUAAUGUUAGCUAGCAAGCUAACCAAUUUUAGGUCAUUUACUAUAUACAAAUUGUUUUGCGUGUCAAAGCUUUGUUGCUGGAUUGCUAAUCAGCUUGCGGGUCUUACCCAGCAAGCUGAUGAUCGGUUAAUUGAGAUUAGCUUGGAAAUGUUAACUUGCUAGCUACAAAGGAGUAGAGAACAAUGGAUGGAAAACUGAAUAUAUGGUUGACUUAGCUUUUGAGCAAAUGUUGAGCUGACAUAAAUCUCACAUUAGCUUGCUUUGCUAACAGGCAACAGCUUAUCCAUGAACAAAAGCAGAAUGUUUAUUAUUUUUACUGUGAUCUAUUUACUCUGCUGUGAUCACAUGUAUUCAACAACCUAGCCAGCAAACUACCUAGUUUUAGCCCGUUUUUAUAUAAACUGUAGUCUUUCAUGUGUUAAUUCGUUUCUAGCACAGCAAUGCUAAUGAACUAGCAGCUGUUAGCUCGUAAGCUGAUCUGGUAAGAGCAAAAGUUCUGUUAGCUUACAUUAGCCUGCCAUUUUUAGAUCAUUAGCUACAAAAAUGGAUGUUUAAGUAUUUUAGUAGAAAAAUGAAGAUAAGACUAACAAGUUUUCACUAUCAACAAACCGGGAGAAAUUCUAGUGAUUUAACUGACAGAUAAACACAUUUUAUUUCAGUAUUCCUGUGGUUCAGAACUGGUUUAUUUCCAUUUCCGCGCCUCCGAGCUCAGCUGCUAAUUCACUAAUUAUGUAGCAAUAGCUAAUUCCACGAGAUAAUUACUGUUACAUCUUUCAGUAAUAAUUAGCAUCAGUGGAUGAAGACUGUAGAUGUGGUUGAAAAAACACAGUUUUGUAAGUUCAGCAGUAAUUGCUAAUAUGUGGUAAAGUACAUCAGAAGGUCCUUAUCCAGUAGAGACGCACUGUCAGGCUGAACAAACUGUUAGCUCGCUAGCUAGCCAGUUGGCUUUUUAAAAAAUGACACUGAUGCUCAUGCUAACAUGUUAACACUAGCCUAGUGGCUACACAAGCUUGUGUGCUAAUCAGAUGCAUUAGUAACUGAACAGUACUGGUUAGCUGGCUAACAGCUGUUAGCAGAGCUAAGAAUCUUCAACGCGGCCAACGGGGAUAGCUGGGUGCUUUAUUGAGGACGUGGACUCACCUGGGGACACCUGAGAACACCUGAAGUGUGGACCUUAACUAACAAACUGAGAAUGGGAGCCAGAGGAGGUUCUGAUUGAGGAGCUGAAUGUCAUUUUUAACGUGACGUUCAGGUGGCUGUAACACCACCUCCUCGCCCUCCACCCACAGGUGCUGUUGCUCACUCUGAGGUUAUUGACCUCUGACCCCGGCCAGGUGCUUUAGGCUUACCUGAAUUGUUCUCCUUCGGUUCCUCUAAUCGUCUUUGUGUGUUUCACUUCCUGUUGGGAAUAACAAGAAAACUACAAAGAGACUGUUAAAACACUACUAAUGAUUUUAUUUUCUGAAUUUGUAAA